AUGUCCGAUUCCACAAAUUCGUCGUUCAGUUUCCUGUCCAACUGGAAGUUCAGUUUGGCCGUCUGCGUACCGUGUUUUGCGGUUGGCUUGGGGGCGACUUAUUAUUUUUACUCAAAAUCGAAUAAUAAGAACCGGCGACCUCGCGAACCGACAGCCAAACAUGGCAUAGAAGGAAAUAAUGUCGACCGAAAGCCACUCGUGUCUAACGGAAUUGAUUCCAAUACAGUCAAAGUUCACAAACCGACUCUUUCUGAACAAGUUGAAGAAUUUAAAAAACAGGGAAAUGCAGAGUUCGCAAAACAAAAUUAUGAUGCAGCCAUUACAUUUUACACACAAGCCUUGUCAAUGUGUCCACUGACUGAGAAAGGACUGUUAUCCACUCUGUAUCAAAACCGAGCUGCUGCCUACAGUAAAUUGAACAAUAAUGAGAAUUGUGUGGCUGACUGUGACAAAGCCUUAGCGUUAGUACCGUCAUACAAAAAAGCAUUAUCCCGAAGAGCUAGAGCACUUACAGAAUUGGGAAAUUUUAAACUUGCUCUAGAAGACAUAACAGCUGUUGUAAUGUUGGACGAGUUUAAAAAUCAACCCGAUAUAAUGUUUGCGGAUAGUGUGAUAAAAAGUUUGGGCAAGCAGAACUUAGAAGAGUACACAAAACACAAUGCCUUCAAUUUGCCCACCAAAAUAUUCAUUGAAAAUUAUUUGAAGUCAUUCAGUGAAGAUCCUUUUAAUGAUGAAUUUCCCCAAACAUUAAUGAAAUCCGAAAUAAAUACUGGUUUGGAAUUGGCAUUAAAAUGUAUCAAUAAUAAAAACUAUGAACAAAUUGAGGAAGCUUGUAAAGAAGAAUUGAAUAAGACUGAUAAUAGUUUAAUUCGUCGAACAUUGGCAUUAAAUCUGCUUGCUACUUUUUCAAUACUACGUGGUAACUAUGCAACUGGGGUUGAACAUCUCACUGCUGUCAUAGAAUCAUCAGGAGUUCCAAACAAGUUGGUUAUUAAUUCCUUAAUCAAACGAGCAUCGGUUUACCAUCAACAAGAACAAGUGGAAAAAUCUUUUGAAGAUUUGAAACGUGCAGAAAAUAUUGAUCCCAACAGUUCUGAAGUAUUUCACCAUCGAGCUCAAAUUUAUUUAUUAGAAAUGAAUAGCGAGAAAGCAGUUGAAGAAUUCAAACGGGCUGUGGAAUUGAAUCCUAAAUUUAUUUUAUCAAAUGUUCAAUGUUGUUACGCUCAAUAUCUUCAUGCAAAACACACAUCAAAUGAAUUGGACACUGAAAAAUUUUUAAACAAGUUAAAAGGAUUUAUUAUUAAAUACCCAGACUAUGCUGAAAGCUACACCCUGUAUGCACAGGCAUUGACAGAAAAAGGAGCAUAUGAAGAGGCAGAUUCGUUAUUCAAAAAAGUGUAUGAAAUUUACCCAGAAAAUGCUACUUUAUUAGUACACAGAGCUUUGGUUGUAUUAUCAUGGAAAAGUUCGAUCAGCGAAGCAUUCACCUUCCUCCAACAGGCAAUAAAAGUUGACCCAAAAUGUGACUAUGCUUAUGAAACAUUGGGAACACUUUAUAUUCAAACAGGAAAAUUAGAAGAAGCUGUGGAAUGUUUAGAAAAAGCUGUACCUUUGUCCAAGUCUGAAAAGGAACUGUUACACAUAUUUUCGUUGAGAGAUUCAGCAAGGGCACAAUUAGCAGUAGUUAAGCGUUUGGGAUUGACACCUCAACUAUAA